CUUCAUCUGUUCGUCUCUUCCUCUCGUCUCCUUGUGAACAGCUUCCAUGCAGCUGUACUGAGUUCCAGAGAGUAACUGGAGAGACGCGUCUUUUCUCUACAGAGCAAGUCGCUGGCGCCCAGUGCCAGAGUGCAGUCUUCUCGUCGGCAAAGCUUUUCUCUCUCGGCUCUCGGAAACUGGUCAAAUGUACACGAGGGUCUCGACAGGAGACAAGUUUCUCACGCGUUCCUCUCGGUGUCUGAAUCGUCUCCUCUCCCUCUCUCCUGAGGCCGCGUUCUCUAUCCACCAUUUACCUCGGGCGUCUCUUUCUCUCUAGUCCGUCUUCCUCGCAUUCCUUCUCUCCUCGCUCUCAUUGUCUUUCUCUUUCUCGGUCUCCUUCUGUCGCUGUUCCAUUCUCUUCUUCUCUCUCGCGUUCCUUCUCACCUCUCCUCUUUCUCUUUGCGUCUCGUUCUCUCUUCUUCUUCCUUCCCCUCUCUCUCUCUUCUUUUCCUGUCAUUUCCUGCGUCUAUGUGCGUGUAAGGAGUUCUCGGGGGAGAUCUGUCACCCUACCUCCGCAGCCUUCGUAGAGGAAAGCGCUUCGUUCACUCUGUCUGCCUCGUCCUCUCUGUCUGCCUCGUCCUCUCUGUCUCCGCAAUGUCCGCGAACAGAACGCCCUGCAUGUCGGCAGUGCCCGGCCUCUCCUCGACUUCUGUCUCCUCUCGCCUCUCCUUCUCCAUCCUCGCUCUUCUGACCUUCGUCGCUCUGCACACUCUGCUUCCCGACCUUCCUCGCUCUGCCUUCUCUCGCGCGCCGUCUCCUUCACAUGCGCGCUGCUCCGCAGGUCCCCGUUCCCUGGGGUCGGAGUCUGCGUCCUCUGCCGCUUUGCUUUUCGCGGCUGCGGCGCUUCCAGACUUCAGCGAGGAGGCCAGCUUCUCCCGAGAGCGAGGCGAAGAGGACGACGUCAUUCAGGACGACCAAGUCGAGGAGCGCGAAGAAGACCUGCUCCUCAUGCAGAAGGCCGCGACUGCAGGCGGGCAAUCGACCCAGGCGCGGCCUGCGGCGGAUUUGGAGCCGCAGAGACAGGCCGGCGAGGUCCACGGUCCUGGAGACUCACCCGGAGACAACUCACGUGCGGUCCGGCUUCUCCAGCUGCGCCGAGAGGCCGCAGAGGUCCUGCAGAGCCGCAUCAAGGACGUCUUUGAAACGAUGGAGAAACUCGAGUUCGUCGAGCCUGGGAACAUCGACGGCAUUCUGUUUCAGGAUACCUUUCAGGACAACCCACUCGAGAAGGGCGUCUGGGUGCCGAGCGCCGAUCCCAAAUUCCAAGGACGCUGGUCCGUGGAAACGCGCAGCGCAGCUGUGAUUGCUGGCGAGAAGAACCUCGUGAUGCAAGACAUGCGCAAAUUCCACGGCGUAGCGCGGCGGCUCUCUCCUCCCAUCAAAGACACACUGAAGGAACAUUUUGUUUUCCAGUACGAACUCCUUCAGACCCGGCCGCUAACGUGUGGGGGCGGCUAUGUGAAACUUCUGGACUUUCCUGAAGAGCAGUCUCUCAAAAAAUUCAAUCACUUGACGGACUACCUGGUCAUGUUCGGUCCAGACAUCUGCGGCGAUUCGAACGUCGUCCAUUUCAUCUUGAAAGUUUACAAUCCAGUGACGAAAGAAUGGACGGAACAUCGCCUGGAUGCACCACCUCGGCUGAUCCCGUCUCCACUCUCGAAUCUCCUCACUUUGUGGAUCAAACCAGAUGACACAUUCGAGAUUCUCAUCGAUGGCAGUGUCGUUCGCCAGGGCUCCUUGCUGAAGGACAUGGUGCCGCCUCUCCAACCUGCAAAGACUCUGCUCGUUGGUCACGAGGCUGAAGCCGAUUCAAGAGACGAAGCGGAGACGAAGAAGGCUGCAGCUUCCGGCAUCCCGAAUCCUGCGUACUUCAAGCUCGAGCACGCACAUCGCCUGCGAAACAUCAACGCAGUCGCCAUGGAGCUCUGGACGGUCGAAGGAGGCACUGCGUUCGACAACUUGAUUUUCGCGAAGUCCAUCGACGCUGCUCGCGCCUUCGCCAAGAAGACUUUCGAAAUGCGUCGUGUGAAAGAGGAAGAGCUGCGCCGUCACCUGGACGCGGUGCAUCUGGUCUGGCGAGAAGAGUUCGCGGAGAAGCAGCGUGCUCUGGAUGCUGAAUUUGAGGAGGCAGAAGCAAGUAGUUCUCCUUCUGUCCUUGACAGACUGACUGUCGCGCUCCAACAGAUGGUGGAAGCCACUGGACUUUCCCCCUUCUUCCUCGCGGCUCUCGCAGUAUCCGUUGUAUGUCUCCUGCUCCUCUGCUGCGGCCGCAAGCGCCGCCGGACGCCUCCGCCGCGAACGCAGAACGAGGAAGAGAAGAAGAAGCGAUAAUGUCCAUACCAAUGCGCUGCACUUGCAAAAGCGACAAACCACCGCAUGCAGUGUGGCGCAUGCGGUGGGCGGCAACACACGAGGAACGCAGAAGAGCGUUUCGGGGGUAGACGCAUACUCGAAGCAGCAGCACCGAAGCGGCGAACGCGGCUCGCAGGGAUUCUCUUCUCCUAACUUCAAGUUUUUCAAACAAUUGGGCGUCUGAAAUGGCGGGAGCAUGCAGCGCUCGACGCCUGGCGGCGCGACGCGCACAGAAGCAUGUAAAGACCAUGUCUUUAUUCUUAGGAGUCGUUUUUUAGGUGGAGCCCCCCAGCUGCUCGGUCUCUGUCGCGUUUCUGCUUCCGGAUGGUCCCGUCGAAACCCUCGUGUGCUCUUCUGAAGGCGCAUCGCCCAGAAAAGUUUUCUGACGGAUAAAUUCUCACCUACUACAUCUCACACAUGAGUUACACAUACACAGAUGUACUCAUACUAUGC